CCCGGCCACCACCACCCGUACCCGCCGCCGCCGUUCCCCGCCGUCCACGGCCGCAAACGGGCGGUGAUUUGCGGUAUAUCGUACAAAAACACCGAACACGAACUUCAAGGCUGUAUUAAUGAUGCCAAGUGUAUGAAAUAUUUGCUGGUCAACCGAUUUAACUUCCCCGAUUCCUCCAUUCUUAUGCUCACUGAUGAAGAAAUAGACUUCUACAAGCGUCCAACAAAGCAAAACAUCAGAAUGGCACUUCAAUGGCUUAUGCAGGGCGUUCAAUCAGGAGACUCUUUGGUGUUCCAUUUCUCUGGCCAUGGUUUGCAGCAGAGGAACUUCACCGGUGACGAGAUCGAUGGCUACGACGAAACACUCUGCCCGUUGGAUUACGAGACCGAGGGAAUGAUCAUCGAUGACGAGAUCAACGCAACAAUAGUUAGGCCUCUCCCUCAUGGUGCUAAGCUCCAUGCCAUCAUAGAUUCAUGCCAUAGUGGGACUAUGUUGGACUUGCCAUUCCUCUGCAGGAUGGACAGAAGUGGAAGGUACUUAUGGGAGGACCAUAGACCUCCAUCAGGUGUAUAUAAAGGAACAAAUGGUGGAGAAGUGAUCUCUUUUAGUGGCUGUGAUGAUGACCAAACAGCUGCAGAUACUCAAGCUAUGUCAAAGGUUACUACCACGGGUGCCAUGACAUUUUCCUUCAUCAAAGCCAUUGAAAGUGGACGAGCUACAACAUAUGGCGACAUGUUAAAUUCAAUGAGGUCAACCAUUCGAAAUACUGAUGUUAGUUCUGGAGGUGAUAUUGUCACAAAUCUCAUCACCAUGCUUUUAACAGGAGGAAGUCUUUCAGGAAGACUCAAACAGGAACCUCAAUUGACUGCCCAUACAACAUUCGAUGUGUAUAGAAAACCAUUCUCGAUAUAACAUAAAAUUAACAAAAGUGAGUAAAGAAGAGUUUGAAGUUAUGAUCGUGAUUAGAAAGUCAAUGUCGAACUACUUGAGCGAUAUUCAAGUUGACUACUUUCUUUCUUAUUUGGAGUCAAUACAAUAUCAUGUAUUUACAGGUUUUUUGAUUACAUUUUGCUAAUACAAAAGAAAUAUAUUGUUACCAUUGAAAUUAUAUCAUCCUCUUUGCUAAUGAUUAUCAUGAGUAAUCAUUUACUUAAUAAGUUUUUUUUUUUUAAGUACAACAUAUUAGGGUGGGAGUUCGAACUCCUAAUCUGUUGGUUGAAGAUAUGUGUCUUUUACUGUUCGUUUUGGUAUCUAAUAUGUUUGAAUAAUGUGUAAACUUUGGUCAU